AUUCUAACUUCUCUUUUUAAUUCAAAUUGUUGCGUUAAAGGCACCAGACUUGGUCCUCCUGUGCCAAGUUUUACAAGGCACCGAACCUGUGAACCUAAAUUGCUUUGAAAGAGAAGUUUCUCUAUCUAUAUCACACACACACACACACACAAAUCUAAUCUUCUCUCUUUCAACCGUAAAUUUUGCUCACCAUCAAGGCAAGUUUCCUUCUUUUGCUCCCCUAGCAAUAUUAAUUGCUACUAAAAUAUCUUGCCAAGGGUAACCAAAUCUUGCUUCAUUCCUCUGUAAUAUCACAGAAAGGACCUAAAAUUUAGGGUGUUUUUUUUUGGGUUCUUUCCAUGUGAUGUGAGCAUUUUUGGGUGAGAAAGAUGAAGACUAUAAUUAAGUUAGGGAUUGGGUUGAGUUUGGUGUUUGGGUUUCUUCUCUUAGCACUUAUUGCAGAAGUCUAUUACCUUCUGAGAUGGAAGAAGCACAAGAAGAGAGUCAUAAGCCAAGAGAGUGAGGAAGAGAAAGAAGAAGAGCAACAACAACAAACCGGGUACGCUAAGGAACUUAUCCAGCUCUUCUGCUUCAAAAAGCCUCAGUCUUUACAUGCCAACAACGGCGGAAGCGAAGGAGAAGAAGUCUCGAGGAAUCAAGAUUUGGAGCUUGGCUUGAUGAAACAUCUGGAAGGAGGAGGAGAAGAAGGGUUUGAAGCAGAGCUCAUGAAGCUUCAUAACCAGAGGUUUCUCUUCACAAUCAUGGAAGAGACGAAAGCUGAUUUGGAAUCUGACGACGGGAAGUCGAGAUCGAGGACGAGGAGCUUGAGUGAUGUUCCGGCUGGAGUAAAUGACUGUAAUACCCCUGGAUUGGCUUCUCCGACAACACUAAAGUCGUCUCCUUUGGAGUCUUACUCGCACCACGAGUUCAAUCCUCUGUUCGAAACAGAGGGUGAGCUUGAGUUCAACAAGUUUUUCAAGUCGUCUUCUUCGCCUCCGCCGAAGUUCAAGUUCAUGAGGGACGCGGAAGAGAAGCUGAGGAGGAGAAUGAUCGAGGAAGCCAAGAGGAGAGAGCUAAAACCGGAACUUUCGGUUGUAUCAGAAGGUUCGUUCUUGAAGUUCAUGACUCCUGCGACGGUGAACAGAGAGAAGAAACAGAGUAAUCAAGAAUCUGUUGAAACGGUGUCGUUUCGUACUUCAUCAGGUACAAAGUCUUAGAACGUUAGACCAGAAAUCAUUUGCACUGGUUGUUUAGUAUUAGACCUCUCUUGCUUUAAUUUUUAUUUUUUUGGUUCAAAUUUUAUUAAGAAUUUCAAUUUUUAGUUGUGUGAAAUGUGAAUUAUCUUUCCUUUCUUUGGAAAUGAUUUCCUCUGUACGUAUCAAUCUGAAAAAAAAUUCUGCAGAUGCUUGUUUGAAUUUCGUUUGAAGAAAAAAGUUAAAAGGAAAAGUUGUAAAUUGUAUAUAGCUUUUGGGAAAUAAGUUAAAAUUAA